AGAGCACCCGGGGCAGGUAUGGCGAGCUGGUGGCGUGCGUUUCCACGGGCCGCACGGCGCUAUCCGUGGCCCACUAAUGUGUUGCUCUACGCCGGGCUCUUCUCGGCGGGUGAUGCCCUGCAGCAGCGACUGCGGGGAGGCCCAGCCGACUGGCGCCAGACGCGUCGCGUGGCCACUCUGGCCAUGACCUUCCACGGAAACUUCAACUACGUGUGGCUGCGCCUACUGGAGCGCGCGCUGCCAGGCCGCGCGCCGCGCACGGUCCUGGCCAAGGUGCUAUGCGAUCAGACUGUCGGAGGGCCGAUAGCCCUCUCUGCCUUCUAUGUCGGUAUGAGCAUUCUCCAGGAGAAGGAUGACAUAUUUUUGGACCUGAAGCAGAAAUUCUGGAAUACGUAUAAGAGUGAUCUGUGUGUUUGCUUUCUGUACCUGCACAGCAUUCUAACCAGGCUUUCCUUCGUUGCAGAGUGGUCUCAUGUACUGGCCCUUUGUGCAGCUGACCAACUUCAGCCUUGUCCCUGUGCACUGGAGGACGGCAUAUACGGGACUCUGUGGCUUCCUCUGGGCCACCUUCCUAUGCUUUUCGCAGCAGAGCGGCGAUGGUACAGUCAAGUCCGUAUUCAUCUUCCUUCGCAGGAAGGAGGCGCGUGAUAAGUCCUCAGAGAAAUGACGAGUCUGGACUCCUUUCCUGGGACUCAGUUCUGUUCCUUCAUCGGUCUCAAUCACCUGCAGCAGGCCUGCCUUACUCACCAGUUACAGGCUCCAUACAUGAAGCCCAACAUUCCAUAGGCCCAUUUGAUUUGGAAUUAUCAAUGAUUAUUUUAACUUUUAUCCAAACCUUUCCCAGUCAUUCCAGUCUGAAAGUCUUAUUCUCUGGUAUUUUCAUAUCUUUAAUGCUUUGGUUAAAAACUACAACAGUGAUAUGUGACAUUUUAGAAUUAUUAAUAUUUCUAUUCUAAUAUUUUAUGGCCAGUUGAAUUUAAAAAACAAAACAAAACAGAAAAAACCCUCCAGUUUAGAUUGUAUUUCUAGCCUAAACUCUCAGGCUAUUUCCUACACACUGUGGAAUCUGAUUGUCUUUUGUUCUUAUAGUAAAUUUCUAUGCAUAUAAAAUUCAGUUAAGAAGGUUGAGUAAUCAGUCCCCCCCCAGAUAAUUUAUAAUAAUGUAUUAUUAUGCCAACAUUAAAAUUCUGUAAGAAGAUGUUUUUAACCCUCAAAGGAGGAAUAGUGUUGUAUGUAUUCUGUAUAGAAUACUUUAUUGAUACUGUCUACUUUUUUAAAAGAAGGUUCUCAGGCUGCCAUGGAACUCACUAGAGACUCCAGCGAGGCCUCAGCUCUCCAAAUGCUGAGAUUACAGGCAUGAACCAUCAUGUCUUACCCUUCUGCUUUUAUAUUAUAUAUCCAAGUACAGGUUUUUAAAAUUGGUGUCUUCUAGCUUUGAGAAGAUACAGUUGACCAAAUGCCCUUAUUCUUAGAUAUAUGAAAUAAAAUACUUGGUUUCUGAAUGAAUUACAGCAAAUGAAAAUUCUAGAAAACUAAUUGUUUCUUUCCUCUCUUAAGGAAGAACUCUAAUCCAUACUAGACCAGUCUACACAGUUUGUAGCAACCCUCCUGCCUCUGCACUCCAAAUAUUUGGAUUACAAACAUGAGCUACCAUGCCUGACUUUGUGUGUGUAUGCGGUACUCAAGUGGAACUGGUAUCUUGCACAAACAAGUGCUCUGUCACUGACUUCAUCCCAGGAUCCUAAUUGUAGUCUUUUAUAAUUCAGUGCUUUAAAAUUCUUUAUCUUUACACUUUAAAAUGGACACACAAAUCCUCAACCUGUCUUUCACAUUUAUUCAGUUUGUCAAAUCUCAGCCAGAGCCUUCAGGUUUCAGAGUUAUGCAAAUAACCACACAUGGAGGUGUGUGCCUGUCUACUGAUAACCACACAUGGAGGUGUGUGCCUGUCUAUUCAGAAAGUUAAUGGAGGAGGAUCGUUUCAGCCAGGAGUUCAAGACUAGACUGGAAAAACCAGCAAAUUUCUGUCUCAAAACCACAAAGAUUAAAAAAUUUAAAACUGUGAAUGUCUUAAGAAAUUUCAGCAAUCUCACCUGAAAAUUGCCCCCAUGGUUCUGUUGCUUCCACUGGCACACAUGACAAAUUUUGAGAUAUGAAACACUGAAUUCUGAGUUUAUCUUGUGAAUGUAUAAGGUCAAUUUUAUGCUUAAAUUUCUAAGCAAUUAAUUUAUAUGGUUUGUAAUAUGUUUGUAUAAAUUAUAAGCAUGUACCUUCUAAGGGUCUAAGUUAUGGAAUGUAAUAGAAGUUGUUGGGAUGGCAUGAAAGUAUAUCCCUGUAUCUUCACUUGUAAAUUGCUGUGCCCUAAGCUACUUGCUGGCAGGAUUUGGGUAUUGUCAUUUUUAUGGCCCAUCUCCAGUUUUCUAUGUGCAAGUGUUUGUCCUUCCUACCUGCCCAAAAAGAUGAUUCUUAAGCAGGCCUCAGUGCCAAAGGGCAACCCUAAACGAUUGAUUCCUUGUCCUGACAAGAUUGAUGCUGAUUGGUUCAGACUGUAAUGUGACUUUUUGUAUAAUAAUGAGCUGACAGCUGGAACUGGGGCAGAAGUAUGGGGCAUAACUUCUGUGCAGGCAGACACACAGGCAGAGAUGCGGGAGACAAGGACAGAUGCAGGGGAGUUAGAAGGAGGCAAAAGUGAGGAAGGAGGCAGAAGGGGGAUGGAUGGAGCAGGAAGCAUGAAGUGAGAGCCAUGUGGAGAGAUGUUGUGGUGGUUUGAAUACGCUUGGCCCAUGGGAAGUGGCACUAUUAUAAGGUGUGGCUUGUUAAAGGAAAUGUGUCACUUUGGGGGUGGACUUUGAGGUCCUAUGCUCGCUCAAGCUCUGCUCUGUGAGGAGAGACCCUCCUCCUGGUUGCCUGUGGAAAACAAUCCCCUUCUGUCCAUCUUCAGAUCAAGAUAUAGAACUCUCAGCUCCUUCUCCAGCACGAUGUCUGCCUGCCUGCUGCCAUGUUUCCUGCCUUAAUGAUCUGAACCUAUGAACUUGAUGGACUGAACCUAUGAAACUGUAAGCCAUCCACAAUUAAAUGUUUAUAAAA